AUGCGGAAAGUUGCUCUAAUCUACCCAAGGGGUACGUGUAGAUCGCCAGCUUUCUACUUUAGAGGUGGUGAUGGUCUUAAUGAACCAGAAAUUCUACGUUCUUCUUAUAAACAAGCAAUGGAAGAAUAUAAUAAAACCAAAAAAGCACACGCUGAAGCCAAAAAGGAAUACAAACAAACCCAAGCCGAACUUGAAGAUUUGGAUGAAUGUAUUCUUAAAAUGGCUGCAAAUAUGGGUUCAGAUUCUUCUGAGACAACAAAACAUUCAGAAUUACGAUCGAAAAUACAGCAAUUAAAGAUGGACAUCGAAGAUGUCGAAAAGCAAAUAGCCGAAGUAAAUAAGCAAUGUCUUCCAUUUGAGUUUACAGGUUUAGUAAAUGAACACGCACAAUUUACACCAACAUUAAAAGAACUUAGGGACGAUGCAGAAGGUGGGCAAGAUGAAUCCGAGAGAAUGAAGAAAGAAAUCGGGGAAUUACUUUUAUCAGAAGUUUUUUCAGAAUCUGUUGAAUCGUUAAUAGAAAAACAAGUAGCCUUAGACGUCAAAGCGCAAAUAAGAAAAGCACUUAAUGAAAGCCAAAACAGAAUUAACCAACAAAAGUCAAGCGAUACUGGAAUUAUUUGUCAAAUUGAUGAUGCAGACUUAAUGGCCAAGCUUGAUCAUUUCCGCGAUCUUUCUCUUGAUAAUUUGGAAUGUAAAAUGCAGAGAGAUCUCGCAGAAACACAUCAUAACAUUUUUAUCAAAAUGGAAAUUGACAGAUUAAAUGAAAUGAACGAAUUCCUAGAUCUUAUGAAGAUGCAUGAUGAUUGUAUUGAUACUGAUGAGGUUUACGAACACUGCAUGGCCGAAGAUGAAGAAGAAGAGGAGGAAGAAGAGAAGACACAGCAGGAAGAGCAACAGAAUUCACAACAGGAGCAACAGAAAGAAAAAUCAUUAGAUAACAAUAAUAAAAAUUCCGAUCAAAAAGAUAGUGAAUACAGUUACUAUUCAGAUACAAGCGAAGACCCUCAAAAUCAAGGACAGAAGCAACAGAAGCCUCAACAACAAACUUCUCAAAGCAGUGACCAAAAUAAGCAAGAAACUCAAUCAUAUACGUCUGAAUACUACUCAGAAUACUCCGAAAACGAGAAUAAUAACCAGCCAAAGCAGUCUCAACAAAAGUAA